CAGCGUCAAUGCAUCUGUGAGUCUUCGAAUCGGCUGUCUUGAGCUGCCAGUCCUCUGUACGUUUCAGGUUGAGAUUUCACAGCGCAAGGUCUUGAGGAGCCUCGCCAUCAACCGACACACUUUCGGAGCUCAGCGUUUAUUAUUAGAUCCGCUCUAAGAGACUAUUAUCACGACCCUAUUCUAUUUAUGCCAGUUUCUUGAAUAUUUAAUGGAAAAUGGCGAUCUGCGCUCAGUCCUACGGUAUAUUCUGUCUGUUCUCAAUCCAAACUAUCCUCAUCAUCAGUUUAUCUUCGCCGGCAACGGGGAGCCUCCGCUUUCCCCAACACUACACAAUGAUGCAUUGGGCAGGCCGCAUUGAGAAGGAGCUGGAGAAGACUAUACAGUUGGUAACUGGAACCCAGCAGAUAAGAGGGAUUUACAAUGAGAAGAAGAGUCAGUUUGACAUCAAGAGGAACAAUCCCAAGGACCUGGUGGAGAGGGUGGCACGAGACAUCGCCAAGCUGCUCACUAGCAAGAGGAGAGCCCUGGAGAGGCUGGCCAGGGAGGCGGAGCAGCUGCAGACAGAUUUUCCCUGGCUGGACAGUAUCAAGGAGAGCGACAUGGAGUACUAUGAUUCGAAAGCGGAAUCAGACUAUACGGAGGACGGAGAUGGGGAAGAGAACCUGAUGGAGAACCCCUACUCGAUGAAGCUGGAGUUUGUGGACGAUCCCAACUUUAAAAACAAGGUCAACUACUCCUACAGUGCCGUCCAGAUCCCCACAGACAUCUAUAAGGGCUCACCAGUCAUCCUGAAUGAGCUGAACUGGACAGACGCAUUAGAGGCCGUGUUUAGGAAGAACAAGGAAGAGGAUCCUACUCUACUGUGGCAGGUGUUCGGCAGCGCCACGGGGGUUACAAGAUAUUACCCAGCCACUCCAUGGAGAGCACCCAAUAAGAUUGACCUGUAUGACGUCCGCAGGCGGCCAUGGUAUAUCCAAGGGGCAUCAUCUCCCAAGGACAUGAUCAUCAUCGUGGACGUGAGUGGCAGUGUCAGUGGACUCACUCUGAAACUGAUGAAGACGUCGGUCAUGGAGAUGCUAGACACUCUGUCAGAUGACGACUAUGUGAAUGUAGCCAGGUUUAACGAGAAGGCUGAUGCUGUCGUCCCCUGUUUUAAGACCUUGGUCCAGGCCAACAUGAGAAACAAGAAGAUCUUCAAGGAGUCUAUCAUGCACAUGCAAGCCAAAGGAACCACUGACUACAAGUCUGGCUUCCAGUUCGCCUUCGAACAGCUACUCAAUGAUACCGGCGCCCCGAGGGCGGGCUGCAAUAAGAUGAUAAUGAUGUUUACAGAUGGAGGAGAGGAUCGUGCACAGGACAUCUUUGAGAAGUACAACUGGCCCAACAAAACAAUUCGAGUAUUUACCUUUUCAGUCGGGCAGCACAACUAUGAUGUCACCCCCUUGCAGUGGAUAGCUUGUGCCAACAAAGGAUUCUACUACGAGAUUCCAUCCAUUGGAGCCAUCAGAAUUAACACGCAGGAGUACCUGGAUGUGCUGGGUCGGCCCAUGGUGCUGGCUGGGCCCAAGGCCAAGCAGGUCCAAUGGACCAACGUCUACCAGGAUGCUCUGGGUCUGGGUCUGGUCAUAACUGGGACCAUGCCGGUCUUCAACCUCACCGCUGAUGCAAACUCUCAGACGCAGCUUGUCCUUGGUGUCAUGGAGGAUGUUGCAAUCAACGAAAUUAAGAGGAAGACACCAACAUACAGGCUUGGAGCCAAUGGAUACACCUUUGCGAUCGACCAAAAUGGCUAUUUGCUCCUGCACCCCAACCUGCAACCUAAGAUCAUUAACUUCAGAGAACCUGUCACCCUGGACUUCCUGGAUGCUGAGCUAGAGGACAGUAAAAAGGAGGAGAUCCGUCGAGAAAUGAUUGAUGGCAAAUCAGGGCAAAAGAAAAUCAAGACUCUCAUUAAGUCAGUUGAUGAGAGGUACAUUGAUGAGGCCAUGCGGACAUACACCUGGACACCAGUGGAGGGCACAGAUUACAGUCUAGGGCUGGUACUGCCCACAUACAGUGAGAACCACAUCAAGGCUAACCUGAGUGACCAGAUCCUGCAGGUGCAGUAUUUUGAAUCUCUGCUGCCAAACAGUUUUGAGUCUGAAGGACAUGUAUUCAUAGCUCCCAGGGAAUACUGCAACGAGCUAGAGCUCUCCAACAACAACACUGAGUUCCUGCUCAACUUCAUCGCUCUCAUGGAGAAGGUGACACCUGACUCCAAACAAUGUGACAACCUGCUCCUUCAUAACCUCAUCCUGGACACUGGCAUCAUCAGACAGCUGGUGGAGAAGGUGUGGAAGACCAAAGACCUCAACACAUAUGGCUUUCUGGCGGUGUUUGCUGCAACAGAUGGAGGGAUUACAAGAGUGUUUCCCAACAAGGCUGCUGAGACCUGGGAAGAGGACCCUGAGCCUUUUAAUGCCAGCUAUUACCGCCGCAGUCUGGACAACAAGGGCUACAUCUUCAGAGCGCCUUAUCGCACCGGUGAUGAUGAUGAGCUGCUGAACCCAGAGAACGACACCAUAGGACUCCUGGUCAGCACUGCAGUUGGAGAUCACAGUGGGAGGGAAACCAUCAAACCUGUGGUGAUAGGCUGGUAUCUGGAUCUUGAGGCCUGGGUGGACAAAUUCAAGAUCCUGGCUAGCAACCAAACAAGUCCAACAAGUGACAACCGCCAAGUCCAACAAACGUGUGGACCAACCAGUGGCUGUGAGAUGGACUGUGAAGCCAACAGCGAAGACCUUCUUUGUUACCUGGUGGAUGACGGUGGUUUCCUGAUCAUGUCCAAUCAGAAGGAUCACUGGAACAAGAUUGGCAUGUUCUUCAGUGAGGUGGAUCCCUACCUGAUGCAUGCUCUCUACAACAACUCCUUUUACAACCGGAAGCAGUCCUUUGACUACCAGUCUGUGUGUGACCCCGUGCCAAGCAGCAACACCGGGGCUGCACCAAGAGGAGUCUUUGUGCCCACCAUUGCAGACUUUGUGAACCUGGCCUGGUGGUCAUCAGCAGCUGCCUGGUCCCUAUUUCAGCAGCUGCUAUAUGGAAUGGCCUACCACAGUUGGUUUGUCACAGAUGAGGUAGAGGCAGAGGGGAUGGACUCCAGAGAGACCAGCUGUGUGACGAUACAGACUCAGUUCUACUUCACUAACAUCAACAGCUCCUAUGACAUCCUGCAAGACUGUGGCAACUGCUCCAGGCUGAUCCAUGCCAAGAGGUUAAACAACACCAACCUGCUGUUUGUGGUGGCAGAGAAGAUGCCCUGCAACACCUGUGAGGUGGAGAAACUGUCCCAGGCGGAGACAGAGUUCAAGGAGGAUAACCCAUCAUGUGAGGACAUGAGUGCAGCGAGGUAUCGAAAAGGGCCCGCUGUGUGCUACGACUACAAUCUUUCUGAGAACACAUCAGACUGUGGGCGGGGCCACUCCUUCCGCCCCUCACUCCAGACCCUGCUCAUGAUUCAGCUCUUCCUCCUCUAUCCAAUCGCCAGCCCCCAUAUUCUGCCCCUUUUACUUUAAUUUUCCUCCAGUCUGCUCUCCCCAGCUCUUUGUCCAUCCUAACGCUCCCACUCUCUCCCCUCUAUGCUCCGCCCCUGCUCUAGUCAUAGGUUAUAAUGGGACUUCCUGUCACUGCAACUUGGAAGCCCUGAGUACCGCGCUACUGUACCCAGCUAGCUUCAAUUGUUGUUGCUUAGUGACAGUUGCAGGACCUUUGUGUUCUCAGCGAGUUGCGUACCUUCAUCCAUGGGAAGAGAUUCAGAAGGUUGGUGUUCCAACCACCACAAUUAUCAGAGGCUAUGUCAGAAAAGAAAAAAGACCCCAUCCCCACCCGCAUCAACAAGACGAGUGACAAGUGAAAAGACAAGUUGGAUGCCGUGUCACAGAGCUCCAACCGUCAUGGACACAGCAGAGUUUAGGUUGUCUGUUUGUGCCUCUGUUAGUCAGAUGGGAUGAGGAGACAUGGCCUCCAUCUCGCUCACUCAUCUCUGACCUGAUCAGUUUCCUCGCUCUGUCAUGUGUCUCUCAUAGGGGGUUACUGUACGGACCAUUCAGACGUUCAUAGCUACUGUAACAAGAACAUUAAGGAGAAAAAGAACUUUCAAGUAUACAAAAACAUACAWUUAUAAACUGUUGAAGUGUUGAGUAUUCAAAGCACAUGUUAGGGUAUCAUUUGCAAUGAAAGUUGUUACAUUAAUUUAUUUAUGCACUAUAUCUACUUCUUGCCAAAAUGAGAGACUUUCAUGUGGUCUUGUUUUUAUAACCAAGUGAGAGGAAAAAGAGAAACCCAGAAAGGAAAGCUGGAGAAAUAGUGUUAGGAAUAUCUGAGUUGCCUGAAUUCCAAUUCUWCUUGUACACCUCUACUGUUCUCCACUUGAAGUUAGAACUGUUUCUGCCCCUGGAAGCACAGUAUUAGAUUUAUAAUCAUGGUAACAUGGAACUAUUCUAUGAAAUAGUAGUCUUACAAAGAAUACAUUUUGUCACGUUGUAUAAAUGAUUGGAGACAGGCGCAGAAAUACAUAAUAGGGGGUUUUAAUACUCCACCC